AUGCAACCGUUUGUGGAACUCGUCCGUCGGCACAAGCGAUCGAGGCGAGUGUCUCGCCAUGAAGCGUGGUUCUUUCGGUACACAGCCCACGCAAACGAUGAGGACGCUCGGCCAGUUGAGCCACAUGCAUGGCACGCAAAGCAUCACCUAUGGCAACUGGCAAGCUUGCAGUUUACUGACCUUCAUGAAGGUGACGUCAACGCGCUGAAUGAAGCACUGAACGUGACAUGCACGUUGCAUCAAGACAGCAGCGGGUGCACGGCACUGCAUGUCGCGGCAACGCACGGACACCUGGAUUGCGUUCUGCGUUUGCUGGAGCGUCCUGACGCGCGGCUCCAAAUGCACGUAAAAAAUGAAGCCGGCGAAACGGCGCUGCACAGUGCACUGCGGCAUUCUUUGGCUGUCCGAGACAGAACCAACGUUCCAUGGGCACAUGAAGCCAACAGGGUCUUGACGGCCAACGUGCUUGCUUGCGUGGACGCACUGCUGGGUCAAGCCACCCCGACGCUUCUCUCCAACGUUUACGACAAGAAUGGAUGGUCGAUUGAAGCCCUCGAUUUCCGCCUGCGCGGGGACUUGUUUGACGCGGUAGUCGCGGGAGACGUCACCCGCCUGCGCUUUAUCUUGGCCACGUACAGACCAUCUGCGCUCACGCUGCCGGCGCUGCGACGGACUCUUCUCCACGAAGCGUGUGCGAAUCGGCAUGUUGAGGCAACGAUCGAAGUGCUGACGAACGAAAAACUUUGCGUGAAUCCGUUGGAGCCAGACACAUCAGGGUGCACCGCUCUGCACGUAUGCGCCAAGGGAGGGUUCGUUGAAGGGUGUGUUCUGCUCUUGGACAGUGACAAGAUGGGCUCUGAUACGGCUGAAACCUUGCUACUUGCCUCUGAUGCCACGGGACGGACGGCGCUACAUUGGAGCAUCAUGCAUCGACACGCGGCGGCCGCGCUGUUUUUGCUCCACGUCGCUGCCCUUCACGGCGUCGUGGUCGAGUUGCUCCAACGUGUCGACGACGCUGACCACUCGCCAUUGCAUGUGGCUUGCGCCACCGUGCGAAGUGAAAUCGACCUCGUCCUGACGAUGAUUGAAUUGGGGGCCAACGUGAACUUGGCCAGCAGGGCAAACUUGCCUCGACGGUCGAAUCUAUGUCGUCGCUCUUGGCCACGUGAGGGGGCUGGUGGGGUGUUGGCAAACUCGCCGCAUGACCUGCCUAACCGUGUGAAAACUGCACUCGAAUCCACGUCUCUUCACGCUGUAUCACAGCACACUGUGGAGCUCAAGACAAUGAAGCUAAUUGUUCCGCGGCCACCCCCGCCCGCGUCUGUGGAAAGCUCAGCGCCAUCGAUCCGAGCGACGGCCGCAACAGUGCGCAUCCCAUCCCCACUGAAGGUUGCGUUGACAGCUCGAUCGUACGACAUUGCCGACUGCCUCGUGCAAAGUGGAGCAGACUGUACAGAAGCCGACAAGGUUUGGGAAGUGUUUCUGCGCGACCCGGCGAGCCGACCGACGCUGGCCAAGUGGGGGGCCCUCUGGCUCCACUCGGACGUGUUCGCACCCGGCUUGUUCUCUGCAUUGUGCUGUCCUUGGCGGCUAAAUACGACGUGCAUGGCUUCUGCCGACGACGACACCGAACAAGGUCUAUGCGCGCUGCUGGAGCUGGCAACGUCUCUGGGUGUGUAUCGCACUUGGCGGGGCGUAUUCGACGCCGCAAUGUCCGCGUUUCGUUGCCGUCGACUCCGCCUAGCCCAUCAACUGCUCGUGCUUCAUGCAUCUCAAGGCGGCAACGUUUUUAUCACUGGGGCGCAGUCGUGGCUUUGCGUGGCUGCAGAGAACGCGUGUCUGGCCAGUUGUCGGUGGCUACAAGCACACAACUAUCCGUUCUCUGUUGCCGACAGCCCUGCUAUCUCUGCUUUGUUGUCCAAACGCUGCCGCGACCGACGUGCCCAAGAUGUAGAGGCGGCGCAAACACGGACUGAUGUGUGCCUCUGGCUGCUCGAGCACUUCUCGGAGUUGUAUCAGCCCGCGUUUCAAUUGCACUUGGAUCGGGCUUUUGCCAACGGGUACAUGGCGGUCGCGGUGGCGUUGGUCGCCAAGAUGGACGAUACGGUCCAUACAAUUCAUGGCGGUCUUGCCGUGGAAGCAAGUCGUGGAAACGAAGCGAUUCUCAUCUCACUGCACUCCAAGCGACUCUGGUCACACUGCGACGUUGGCCUUACGCUAGCCGUCCGAUUCAACAUGUCGCAGAAAGUUCUCCGGCAACUCAUUCAACGUGGGGCUCAGCCGUCCCGUACCGCCACAGUCGACGGCAAACCUGCUAUUUUGUGGGCCAUCUCGUAUCGUCGCCUCGAUGUUAUUCGAGUCCUGUUGGUGCUGGACCAAGCCGAGUGUCUCUCUGCGACGGACGGUCGAGGCCGGGACGUGCUGUUUUACGCCAUGCGCACCAACAGUGUCAGUCUCGUGGCAUUGCUGUGGACUCGCCAACUACCUUCGUGGAACGUGUCCGCGGCCGUGGUUGGUGCCGUGGAAGCAAAUGCUGUCGACGUGCUGAAAUGGAUGGCUGCGACGGAUCCACAAGUCUUUUUGGAGAGCUGUGCAGUCGACUCACUGGCCGCCACGACGCCACACGUUCCGUCGCUGGAGCAUCUUGCGUGUUCCAGAGGGUACUUGGAGCUUGCGACGUGGCUGAAGGUGAAUGCCGGCGAGAGGGGCAAGUGCGCGUCAUUCUUGGACGGGUGCACACCUACUCAACUUGCACGGCUGUUUGGCUACGCUAUUAAGCCAUCCUCCAACGAUCCCCGCGACCAUACAGUCGUAUUGAAUGGCAUACUGAGGCGCAUCCUAGCCACUCGCGCGCCGUCAUCACUGGAGCUCGCCACAGUACACUCGUUCGAUCCCUGGCGGCAAAUCCGUCCUUCGUGGCUCGAAGACCACUUCACAAAGCUGCAUACCGCGUGCGCCAUGAAUUCUGUCGCCCUUGUUACGGCGCUGGCCUCUUGUGGGGUGUCUUUGCUAACCCCAUGCGGUCCCUUCGACAUACCACCGCUCAACUACGCCGCCCAUUUUGGAGCGGUAGAUGUGAUCAAGUGGUUGCUACGUCAAGGCGUCGUCGACGACGGAUCCGCGUUGAGGCGUGCAGCUUCUCGGUGCCAAGGCAUGGCCAUGAUGGCAUUGCUCGAUGCUGAACCUCCUGCAACAUCGUUGGGUCGACUGCAUGGCGACGGAUCGUCUCCGACACUGCUGCACUUGGUCACUCGUGCACACUCACAUGCCCCUGCCUUGAUCGACACCCUGGUCGACACUUACCACGCCGACGUCGAUGUGGUGGAUGGUCACGGGCUGACUGCUCUUGUAUACGCCAUGGUGUGUGGAAAUGUCCCAGCUAUGCUGCAUCUAUUGCAGCGCGGUGCCCGCCUCGAAGCCGAGUACGAAGGCCAGUCGGGGUUUUACUACGUUCUGCAUCUCGUUCCGUCGGACGUGUGGCGGUGUUUCUUUCAAGCGUUCUUACGCGACUCUCUCCAUGGCCGGUCGUUGCACUGCACGGAAUCGUGUGGCUGCAAAUCGUUUGAAGGGGCCAUGGACGCCACAACGUGCGCGUUUUGCAGCCAUCCAUUCGACCUCCACUCGCAAGUGCCCCUGCCCCCAUGGCACCACGAUGUGUCCGAUACAUACCACCUCCAGACAAGGUCCGAGUCUUCCCGAGGGUCAGCGAGCCCUCGAUCGGCCAUAAUGGACAGCGACGACGGCUUGGACCAUCCAAUCCCGUCCAAUUCCACUGACCAUGCCCACAAAGCGCAGCCACGUACCUCCCCCGUGCCGGACCAUGCGGUACCCUACGUUGGGCGCUUGUGCGAACCGAAUCUUCGCUCCAUUGCCGCCAUUCGGUUUAACCACGAGAUAUUGACCCAUGGCCUAUCGCUCAGCGCCCCACCCGACCUGUUUACCCCACACGAAGACGAGGAUGUCGCUCAACGCGGCAUGGCCGUGGGAGAUUCCGCCUGCACCAAGUCCAGCCCCCCACAACACCGUCUCCAUCAACCUCCCCGCGCAUGA